AUGGUAGAUGAUUUUGUUCGCUACAACUUAGUCUGUCGGUUUGGAAUUCUCGAGUCAAUCAUGACAGAUAAUGGAGCCAAUCUUAAUAGCGACCUGAUGAGAGGGAUUCGCAAAAGGUUUAAUAUCUCUCAUCAAAAUUCCAUGGCGUAUCGACCACAAAUGAAUGGAGCAGUUAAAGAUGCAAACAAGAAUAUCAAGAGGAUCUUGAGGAAGAUAGCGGGCGGUGAUAGGGAAUGGCAUGAGAAGUUACCAUAUGCUCUACUUGGAUAUUGCACCACAAUCAGAACUUCUACCGGGGAAACUCCCUACAUGUUGGUUUAUGGGUCGGAAGUAGUGAUACCUGCGGAAGUAGAGAUACCUUCAUUGAGAGUCAUUCAGGAGGUUGGUCUAGACGAUGCUAAAUGGAUUCGUAGCAGGAUCGAGAAGUUAAUGCUCAUUGACGAAAAGAGAUUGGAUGCAGUCUGUCAUGGUCAAAUCUAUCAAAAUAGAAUGAUCAAGGCGUUCAACAAGAAAGUCAAGCCUCAUCGAUUCACACCGGAACAGUUAGUAUUGAAGAAGAUAUUUCCUCACCAAAGUGAAGCCAAAGGAAAAUUUGCACCAAAUUGGCAAGGUCCUUACAUAGUUCACAGAGUACUCUCAGGAGGAGUAGUAAUCCUCGUAGAAAUGGAUGGCACAGCAAGCACAAAGCCGAUCAACUCAGACGUCAUCAAGAAGUACUAUAUUUGA